AUGGCACGAGAAUCUUAUAUAAGAGGAGCUCCCCCAGUCCUAGAAUGCACCAUCACCCACAACCCAUUCAAAAUCAUGUCAACUUCCAGAACCAUCUUCAUCACCCUGAUCCUCACGGUGGUGACAGUGUUCACGAGCACGAAGACAGCAGAAGGUGCUCGCACGUUCUUCGUGUUCGGAGACUCACUAGUUGACAGUGGCAACAACAAUUACCUCCCAACCACCGCACGCGCCGACUCUCCUCCCUACGGCAUCGACUACCCCACCCACCGCCCCACCGGUCGCUUCUCCAACGGCUUCAACCUCCCUGACCUAAUCAGCCAGCAUAUAGGAUCCGAACCAACGUUACCAUACUUGAGCCCUCAAUUAACCGGACAGAGGCUCUUGAUUGGGGCUAAUUUCGCUUCCGCAGGGAUAGGAAUCCUUAACGACACCGGUUUUCAAUUCGUGGGGAUAUUGAGAAUGUUUCAGCAGUUUGCGCUGUUCCAGCAGUACCAGGGGCGGUUGAGUGCGGAGGUGGGGGCGGCGCAGGCGCAGCGCGUGGUGAAUGGGGCGCUGGUGAUGAUGACGCUUGGCGGCAACGACUUUGUUAACAACUAUUUUCUGACUCCUGUGUCAGCCAGGUCUCGCCAAUUUACUAUCCCUCAGUACUGCCGAUACCUAAUCUCUGAGUAUCGAAAAAUUCUUAUGGUAUACGAACUCUCCACUUUCUUCUUUCCUUUCUUUCACUUUCUUCCUGUCUGCUAUAUUCAGUUACUGUAUUGA